GUCAUUCUUCGCCAAGUGAAAUACAAUUCCAGACUCCACGACGACGCCAUUUCAGACUUUCGCAGCUUCAAAUCUCCUGCUCUCCAUGCCGAACCAGGCCUCUCCUCCUCUCCCCCUCUCCAACUUCAAUGGCUGAAAUCGCGAAACAACCCCAGAAGACCAAACCCAAGAGGAUUGCCUCCUGCUUCCCGUCUUGCUUCGGGUUCGCAGGCCGAGUUCUCGACCCCGACGACAUGAGACCAGCACAAACUAACGGCGGCUCCGGUGGCCGGAUAAGAAAGCGCUGGCUCUCCUGGUCAAGGUUCCGGAUGAAGAAACCCAACGCCACCAAAACCGUCCCCGUCGAUGCUCCUCCCCUCCGCGAUGAAGCACCCGACGUUAAAGACAUUGGGGUGGUUAUGGAUUCUAACAAAAUCGCUUCGAAGCGUCAGAUUCCGCCAAAGAUGGACAGGAAGCCCAGCCGCAGACCGACGGUAUUGGUGAAUGAACCAGAUCAUCAAAGCCUCUUUGAGGAAAAGUACAGAACUGCGAAGAAGACCAUCGUCCAAACUCGUAAGGAAUUGGAUACCGCAGGACAAGCAAGAGCUGAUACGUGUCAAAAGCAGCCAACCCGGAAGUCGGAGUCUAGAAAAUCCGGCGAGACCGCAGGACAAGCAAGAGCUGAUACGUGUCAAAAGCAGCCAACCCGGAAGUCGGAGUCUAGAAAAUCCGGCGAGGGCUCGCCGGAAAACCAGCCCAAGACGAAGCACAGUCAGCAUGCAACGUUGAAUUCUCAUUCAAGGUCACCUCCACAUAACCGACCCCAGAUAAUUCAGGCUGCUGCAAGCACCACUCGUUCCCGGUCAGCUGAGAAGAGACCCAGCUCAGAAAAAGCGGCAGUUGCCGGAAAAUUCGAUGCAGUGGCCGGGAUGUCAAUCCUGAUGGUGACUCUGGCCAUAAUGCUCUUCUGGGGUAAACUCUGUGCUAUUUUAGUCACGUCAGCGUGGUUAUAUUCCAUCCCUCGCCUCCGAACGGCUGUAAAGCCCGACAUGGUCGCCGGAGAAGGAGAUAAUUCUAAUAGCAUUGAUUUUAACUCGGAAGAGUACAAGAAGAAGGUGAUCUUAGAGGGGUUGUUGGAAAGAAACCACCGGAGCGGCGUCGGACUUUUGUGACUCGGCCGAGACUCUGUUCACAUGAUCACAUCUGAUUUUGCUAUAUUGCGCCGAAUGCGCAUUUAGCUCAUAUGAGGAAGAAGCAUGAAGUAGGUUUGACCUCAUGGCUCAAUCCACUUUGUUAAUAAAUGCGUCUGUUAUACUUCAAUUCUUUUUUUUUUUUUUGCCGGGGGGAGAGGGGGUUGUAUUUUGGGGUUUCAUGUAAAUUAAGCAUAAAGGAGGUAAUUUCUAGAAGUAUAGGACCAUGACCUUGGUGUCACGUGAUGUAGAUGGACAAUCACGUGAGAUAAGGACCUUGCAAGUUGGCCACAUUACAUCAAUCUGGUUGGAAUUUGGAUUUUUUUCCAUUUUUUUCCUUCAAUUUUCUUUUUUUUUUUUGUAGAGGAAGCGUCUCAGGGUAUAUAUGAGAGACAGAAGUAUA